AUGGAAGAACAGACGUUUAGCGCUGAUACCGCAAUUUUCAUUUUCAUUCGCUGGGAAGUCUCCGGGCGUCUACGAAAGCUCUUCAUGACCUGUAUCGCGAAGCGCACUCCCCCUGUAUCAACAAAUUACAGCCACGACUGUGGUGCAAAUUCGCCUAUUCAUACCAUUGGUCCACAGUUGUCGGAGGUCACGGGUAUGAAACAAACGCCCGACUGAUGAAGCCUAGCGCACGGACUACAGACAUAGGAAGCAUGAGACCUGAAGUACUACUACUAUGGAGGACUGGUUCUGGGGAUUUCUCUCGUCGCGUUAUCGUUAGGCGCUGAGGCAUAAGAGAGUUGCGGCGAGCCAUGUCUUUGGUAACAAAAUAUAGCUGAGUGACACGAUUGUAAACGACUCAACUUAAACAGUUCCAAGUGCUUACCCAGUGAUCAUCAAUGGGAGAGGAAGUGAAGUUUCUUAGAAAAUCUGUGGUCCGAGUCGCAUUACUUACCGUUAUAAUAUUAAUCAUUCCGGUGGUUGAAGGAAAAUAUGUUGC